UUUGCUGGCUAGCGUAACAGCUUGGCCUCCUGCCAGUCAGAUCACGUGAGUCCAGGUUGUCUCGCUUGCUUUUGUAUUGAACAAUCUGGGCAAACUGAUCUGUCCGCUGUUAAGGAGGUGGAGGGAAUAGCUGAAAGACUAUGUCCACAAUGGUGUACCCCAGAGAGGAAAAAAUGGACAAACUAAGCCAAGAGGAGAUCAUUUCCAACACAAAACUGGUCAUGCAGGGGCUGGAGGCACUGAAGAAUGAACACAACUCAAUUUUGCACAGCUUGCUGGAAACCAUUAAGUGUCUAAAGAAGGAUGAGGAAGCCAAUCUUGUGCAUGAAAAAGCCAACCUACUGCGCAAGUCAGUGGAGAUGAUUGAGCUGGGGCUUGGAGAGGCACAGGUGAUGAUGGCUCUGUCAAAUCAUCUGAAUGCAGUUGAGUCUGAGAAGCAGAAACUGAGGGCCCAGGUGCGCCGGCUGUGCCAAGAAAACCAAUGGCUGCGGGACGAGCUGGCAAACACCCAGCAGAAGCUGCAACGCAGUGAGCAGACGGUGGCACAACUUGAGGAGGAAAAGAAACAUCUGGAGUUCAUGAACCAGCUGAAGAAAUAUGAUGAGGACGUGUCUCCAUCAGAGGAGAAAGAAGGCGAUUCCACAAAAGAUUCUUUGGAUGACUUGUUUCCAAAUGAAGAAGAGGAUCAGGGCCAAGGGUUGCCUCACCAACACAGCAGUGCAGUAGCAGCUGCCCAGCAAGGUGGAUAUGAGAUUCCUGCACGCCUUCGUACACUCCAUAACCUGGUGAUUCAGUAUGCUUCACAGGGACGCUAUGAGGUGGCUGUGCCUCUCUGCAAACAGGCGCUGGAGGACUUGGAAAAGACAUCAGGCCAUGAUCAUCCUGAUGUAGCCACAAUGCUAAACAUCUUGGCUUUAGUAUAUAGGGAUCAGAACAAAUACAAGGAGGCAGCUCACCUGCUAAAUGAUGCACUUUCCAUUAGGGAAAAGACACUUGGCAAGGAUCAUCCUGCAGUUGCAGCAACCCUGAAUAACCUGGCUGUCCUCUAUGGCAAAAGGGGAAAAUACAAGGAGGCAGAACCAUUGUGCAAGCGAGCAUUGGAAAUCCGGGAAAAGGUUCUUGGUAAAGAUCACCCAGAUGUGGCCAAACAGUUAAAUAACUUGGCAUUGCUAUGCCAGAAUCAGGGCAAAUAUGAAGAAGUAGAAUAUUACUACCGCCGAGCAUUGGAGAUCUAUGAAUCCCGCCUGGGGCCUGAUGACCCAAAUGUGGCCAAAACAAAGAACAAUCUGGCCUCUUGCUAUUUGAAACAAGGCAAAUACAAAGAUGCAGAGGUACUCUACAAGGAAAUCCUCACUCGUGCCCACGUGAAGGAAUUUGGCUCUGUGGAUGAUGAACACAAGCCAAUAUGGAUGCAUGCAGAAGAAAGGGAGGAGAUGAGCAAGUGCACUCCCUAGGACGUACUGGAGAGUGGAAGAUGGAGGGAUUACUGCAGGUUUCUGGGCCACAGACACUUCAGAACCAGGAAGUUAAAGAUUGCUUAUUUGGAAGGCCAUUUGCCUGACCAGGAAAAAAUAAUUUCUUGAGCCUGAGAUACAAGGAAUAGAAAGAAGCUGCAGUCUUCUGCACCAUCACCUCCUCAUGAACACCUUCUGUUCCUAAUUGUAGAAAGGAAAGACUUAGAUUGGAAAGAGACCAAGAUAUUUAUUAGAACAACAUCAACUCUAAGGUCCUUAGGACAAAGAUUCCACCCUUUGGUGCAGUGACCAAUGGCCCUGGCUUCUUCUGGGAGAUCUACAUAUUGUUAAGAAUAUUGUAGGAAGUUGCUCUAGGUCUGAUCAGUGCUGUAUUGCAGCCAGAGUUCAUGGGGUUGAAGCCCUCAUAGAAAUGCAGGAAGGGAAGGGAGUGGAUGGAAUUUUGAAGCAGCAAUAUACUGUAAACUUAUCUUGUCAUGCGAAGUAUUUUGGUGUGGCUUGAUCAUAAUAGGUAAUUAAAAACUAUUAGAUUUGCAAACAACUUGUUCCUGGUAGAGAUGGGAACUGCUAGACGUAGCUGCCUGUACUUUGGAACCUUCCUUGGGGUGCAGCUAUGAGAGGUGUCAUGAUGAUCACCUGCACUUUGAAAUUUACCACUAUACCACUGCUUCUGAGACUUUCUGUACUAACUAGUUCAACACAGCAUAGAAAUUCCCCAUAGCUUAUGUCUGAUAGAGGUUAAUGAAGUUCCUUUUUCUCAUUCCCUUCUCCGCCCCAAUACACAAAUUUGACUCAUUUAGGAAAAAUCAAGAGUCAAGCUAUUUGGGUUACCUCCUCUCCAGAAGUAUGCUGGGCACUUUUCCCUGCACCAUAGUCUGAAAUAUUAUAAAAUUCUAUGUAAAGUCCAUAUAAGUUCUAAAUAAGAAACAAUUGAAAGUUAUCUCUGUUCAGGCAGCUUGUUGGGUGUUAUGGGCAGAAACAGUUGCAGAAAUGUGGUACCCUGAAUCCACCUCACUUUCCUGCAGUAUCUUCCAUCACUGGACUUGAUCUACUUCCUCAGAUGCAAAUGGACUAAGGCCUAGUACAGAUGGGCAGGAAGGGACGGUGAGACGCCGCCCCUUUCUGCCCCAGAUCAUUACCGCACUAACCACACAGGUGCGGCAACAAUCUGCUCCAAAAAGGAGCUGUGAAAAGCAGCUCCUUUCCACACCACUGCCAAGGUGCCCCCCCCAAUUUGGAUGCGGCGCACAAUGCAUAUCAUUGGCGCAUGUGGCGUGUGGAUGUGCAUGUGCCCAAAAUGGUGCUGGGAGAGCUCUGCUCCCCCGAGUCCUAAUUUCGGCCCCAGGCGGUCUGUACCAGGCCUAAGUCUAGGAAAGCUUAUGCUAUAACCUUUUUCACUCAGUUAAUCCCAAAGGUACUACAGGAUCCCUUUGCAUACUGAUAUUGCAGACUAACAUGACUGUGUCUCUGAGUUCCAUCAGUAGAUCACUUCUUCACUAGCAUGACUGCUCUGAUUCACCAGUAACUUUAUCUCUAAUAGGACCUUAUCACUGUUAGGUGAGUGAGUAGAAGAAGACAGAGUGUAGACCCAGAGCUUUUCCUUUUCUGUGUCCUUUAUUCAGCAAGCAUUUUGAUUUGUUUAGUGAUGAAGGCCCAGUUCACACUUCAGGCAGCAAAUGUGUUUAUACUCCUUGAAAUAGGACAAGCAGUGAUCCAUCUAGCUCAGUAUUCCCUAUUAUGAUUGUUAGCAGCAUUCUAGCAGCCUUUCUUAUCAUCUGCUACUUGACUGUUUAAACUGAAGAUGUCAAGAAUUGAAGCUGGGAUGUUUGGUACACAAGGCAUGUCUUCCACCAGUGAGAAUACAUGAGAAUGACGUAGGUGAAGUGAAGAAUUGAGUCUGUAACACAGCAAACACCCAUCUGAGCUUGGAGGUCAUUUAGCCCUGCAUGUCUGUUUAUUUCCUAUAUUAUGGUACUUAGCAUCAGUGCACUUGCAUGUAUAACAGCAUUAUAUAAAAGCCUCUAAUUCUUUGCCUCUGUAAAGUGUGAGGAUUGGUCCUCAUUUCUAGAAGCUCAGGAAGACACUAAAUAAACCAGUGCAGUAAUUGUCAGACCUUUUAUAUGUUUGGCAACUGCUGAAUGAACUUCAUGUUGUAUGUUGAAUUAAUGGGAACAUUCAUCUUGCUUUUUAGAGAAUCUUGAUGGUUAAUAUUUAAGGAAAAUGAGCUAGAUGAAUAUUUAGUGCUCAGUAGUUUCACAUGCUGUUAUAGUAAUUAGCAAGUCAUCUGUGGAAUUUGGUGCCAGGAAUGGCCUGAGAAAGGAAGAGUAGACUUAAGCAAGCCAUGAAGUCAGUGGCUAAACAGUGUCAUGAACUGUGGCCUUCCAGCUAAUUUGUUCCUUAACAGCUAAGAUACAUCAGCUUUUCUCUAAAUAGAGAAGUGAGCCACUUUCCAGAAUUACACGCAGAGGACAUUUUCAAGAAAUGAAGAAGAGUGAGAUCACAUGUUGGUUUUGGAAUAUGGAGGUCCUCUUCAGUAAUGCAAUCAAUCUGUUAUCAUCCUCUCUAAUGUUUUCUUCUACUGACAUUCUUGGUUUCUUUUUCUUUUUCAUGCUAUUAAAAGCCAUAAAACCAGUCAUAGUAAAGCACUGCUUUUACACAUUUCAUCAAUAUAGCAUACUAACUUUAUAAAUACAGCCCAAGGCCAUACAUGUGUACUCAGAAGUAAAUCUAUUGAAUAUAGAGGUUUGUGUAUGACUUCAGCUUUAUUGCAUUCUUGUGGGAAACAUGUCCGCCAGAUGUUGUUGAUCAACUCCCAUAAUUCCUUAUCAUUAGCUGUGGACUAGGGCCACUGAAUUACAGUCCAACAGCAUCCUGUGGGGCACUUAUUUCCCAACCCCAGAACUUGAAAAAGUUCCUUUUUGGACUGCAAUUCCCAGAAUCCUCCAGCCAGCACAGUCAUGUGCUUUUCUGAGAAAAAUAAAUUUUCUGAGUUCUCUCUGGCCCCGGUAAACAGAUUUGAGCUAGUUGUAUACAUUUCCUGUGAAUACCUACUUGGAAGGGGUAAUUUGGGCAGGAAGAUGAUUUAAUGGGACACUGGUAUAAUUCAAAGAUACAGCAGUGUUAAUCUGCAGAAUCAGUAUGUAGAGAGAUCUUGUAGCACCUUUGAGACUAACUGAAAGGAAGAAGUUGACAACAUGAGCUUUUGUAGAUUAAAGUCUAUAGAAGGUCAUGCUGCCAACUUCUUUCUUUCAGUGAUGGAUAGCAUCCUUUUUCAUGAUUCUAAAGUAAUACCCUUGGAUAAAAAUACUUAAAAUUAUCUCACCCUGAGAGAUCCAUGAUACAUGUGGCUAUUGAGGAGGAGAAUGGAAUUUUAUGGGGUAAAAAGAUGGUCCUUAUUUAUAAAUAGAAGUAGGAAUCAUGCAGCUCUCCAAAUGCUGCCAAACUGCCUCUCCCAUCAGUCCUAGUCAGCAUAACCAAUGCUAAGGAAUGUUGUAGGUUGCAGACUAAUAGCAUCUGAAAGGCCACAUGAUGUUUCCACCACUAGUGCAGAAAUGCUUGGGUGCUAUCUUCUUAAAGUUUCAGUGCAAGUCAAUCAGCUCUUAUGGAGUGGAAAUGGAUUAUCAUACAAGGAAAAAUCGAGUUAUAUGCUCUUGGUAUAUAAGCAGGAGCCACCCUGAAAUAAAUGGGACUGUUUCGGGUGUCAGUACGAAUAAACAUGCAGGUUAAAAUUCUGCUUCCUUUGGAGAAGACUAAAUCCUAACAAUAUGCUUAUAGUGUCCUCCCGACUUAGGAGGGGAAUGAAGCUACUGACAAAACAAUAAUAAAUAGACAUGUGAAAUGCUGGAAACACCAGAUUACAAGAUCAGAUAUUUUUUCCAGUUAAUAAUCAAGAUCCUUUCUUUUCUGAGUUAGAGUUUGCCCUUACUGUUCUGACCUGAAAAUGACUAGAUAAGUUGACAUGAAUCCCACCUGACCUUAUCUAGAAAUGUUAUGGAAAUCUUUAAGAGAUGUAACAGCUGUCCUCCUUUGGCUUACACUAUCAUUUUCAUGCAGUCAUCAGCAAAGUGCCACAGGAAGAUGUACUAUAACAGGCUUGGACAUAUUUUGGGGGCAUUCUGUUACUUGUUCUAAUGAAUCCAUAUUAUAAAUAGUUCUACUAAGGACUACUAAGUCCCUCCCUUUGAGUAUCUAUCUGCCACUUCGAACAAAUUUAUUUGUCACCUAGUCUUGCUGAUAUACCCUGAUUAUGCAUUAACCUGGUAUGAGAUGGACUGGAGGUCCGUGACACAACAUAUGCUUUGUAUGCAAAAUGGAACAAGUCCAGUCCCUGUUAUCAUCUGGUGGGAAUGGGAGAGACUGUUGCACGAAAUGUUGCCAGUUACAGUUGACCAUACUAGGCUAGGUGGGCCCAUGACAUGACAUGGCACUGUAAGGCAACUUCCUAUGUUCUUAUCACCACUUUUUGGACACAUUUAGCAUUUAAAUAUUGUUAACCCAAGCUGUGGCCAGUUUGGGAGCCUUCAAAUGCCGUGCCAGAUGAUUGGUGGAAGAAAGGAUUUUUUGAGGGGAUUUCUUUUAAUCAGGAAGUCCAUCUAAGCUUAGGAAAGAAAGAAUGUGUUGGAGCCCUGGGCCUUUGCUGAGAGCCCCAGAGAAUGCAGACGGGACAAAACAGAGCUGCUAAUGAUUGGGCACAGUUCCAGUGGGAAGUCUAGCAAGCCAGGAAUUUUGUUCCCAGGGUGAGGGCAUAUAUUGAGCACAGUGCUGAACUUUGGAGCAUGGCUUUCUAUGUCUGGCCAAGCCUCUAAACUUCCUUGGGGGGAGGGGGAGUCUGGUUAUCUGGGAUAGGGAUAUAUAAAAUUAUCCUUGGUGUUAACAAAGUGGAUAGGAAGGAAAAUUAGAUCUUUAUAUCACAACACUAAAUCCCCAAAUCUAUCCAGUUAAGCUGAAUGGUGGAAAACCUGGGACAGACAAAAAUAGGUGCUUCAUCUAGCACAGUUGAAUUAUGGAAUCUAUUUCCAGAAGAUGUCAUGCUGUUUGGAUGGAUGGCUUUAAAAAUAAUUGAGGCAAAUUGAUAUGCAAUUAUCCAUAUCUGAUCAGCAUGCCAGAAGCAGUAUACCAGUUGAUACUUGUUGCUGGGAGCACAAGUAGAUGAGUGCUCUGUGUUCAUGUUUUUCUUGUGGUCUUCCCAGAGCUCCUUAGUUGACUGCUAUGAGAACAAAAUGCUAGAUAGGAUUUUAGUCUUAUCAAACAUGGUUCUUACAUUAAAUAGUGCUGUCAGAAGCUUUCCUCAGUUUUAACCCUUGCUGAAGUAAUCAGUUUGCAUUAAAGCUCUUUGAAGAUUUCUUCUUCAUGUGCAUUUUGCAGCUUACAAUGUGUCUCACAGUUAAACACAGUUAAGUGUGUGGCUCAGUGUAAACUAGUGAACUUCUAGAAGAACCUCUAAGUCCCAGAAGUUGCUUUACUGGCUUAUGCAUAAGUGGGAGAGACAAAUGCAGUCCUCGCAGUAUGUUUUUGUAUAUACACACUGGCACAGCCACCCCCUUUUAAUACUAUCAAAUUACAUAACUAAAGAUAAUGUACUGUUCUGCUGCCAUGGUCUCGGGGGUCUCCCAGGGGUGCCUGUUAAGAUAUAAACUUGAUAGUCAAGUUCUUUGCAGAAUUAGGGGACAAAUGAUCUCAGACACUUUUUUCUGUUGUCUUUUUAAAUCUUCCUUCUGAAUUGCAGUGGCUGCAAACUAAUCUUCCCAGUAUCUCAUAUUUCACUCUGUAGUUUCCGUACACCAGCAAUUUCCAAAGUGAUAACUAUGUAAGUCUUUAACAAGUUAAAUAAAGAAUUCUGUGGCACUUUUAAGAUUAACCAAUCUAUUAUAGUAUGAGCUUUCAUGAACAAUAGCUCAUUUCUUCAGAUGCAAAGAGUACAUUUCAAAGGUGCCAAAAAUAUAGUCAGUGACAUUUAAGUUAUUAAUACUGGCCAUAAACAAAACAGUUAAUGGUAAUACAAACAUUCUGGUUCUUAGUAAAUACAUACAUUGUGAUUAUCUGUUUUCCAGUACAAAUUUCUGAUGAUCCUCUGAAGAACAGAGAGAGGGAGAUGAAUAAUAUUUCAUCAAAGGUUUAAGACUAUUACUAGAAUUUUGAAAUGGGACAAUAAAGUUCUAUGUAUAAGAGUCAGUGUGGUAUAGUGGUGUAAGCAUUGCACUACGACUUUGGAGACCAGAGUUCAAAUCCUCAGCCAUGAAAAGCCACUGGGUGACCUUGGGCAAGUCACACUCAGCCUCAGAAGGAAUCAAAGGCAAACUCUCUCUGACAAGAAAACCCCGUGAUAGAUUCACCUUAGGGUUCCCAUGAGUUGAAAACUACUUGAAAGCGCACAACAACAAGCAUGAUGAAGACUAAGGCUUUCACGGCUGGCAUCCAUAGUUUUUUUGUGGGUAUUUCAGGCUAUGAGGCUGUGUUCUAGAAGAGUUUAUGCCUGAUGUUUCACCAGCAG